CAUAUCCUUUGAGAACUACCGCAUGGUUCAUCCGUAUGAGGACAGUGACAGCUCUGAAGAUGAGGUUGAUUGGCAAGACACUCGCCAUGACCCCUACAGAGCUGACAAACCAACAACGACCCCUAAAAAGGGAUUUGUUGGAAAGGGCAAGAACAUCACCACCAAACAUGACGAGGACAUCUGUGGACGGAAGAACACGGCACGCAUGGACAAUUUUGCUCCGGAGGUGCAGGUGGGAGACGGGAUCGGCAUGGACCUGAAGCUCUCCAACCAAGUGUACAAUGCUCUGAAACGCCACUGUCACACCGAGCAGCGCCGUAGCGCUCGACUUCAUGAGAAGAAGGAGCACUCUACUGCUACUUUUUAA